GAACAAGAGGCAAAGUCGAGUUUGGUUUUUGCAGCUUGGGAGUCUAACGGAGUCUUGAUCAUCAUCUGCAAUGUCCAAUUUAUCAAAAGCGGUCGGCGUAGGAACAGAGAAUAAUACCUUCUGAAAGCGCAAUGAACAAUGGUUAUUCUACAGAAUCCAUUACUUUUCAGAGGACCGACGUUCUUUAUAUUGCAUAUAGGGAGUGUACUCCUGCAUGGUGUCUCAGGUUUUGAUACAGACAUAGAUUCGGUGUGUGUGAUGGAGGGAGAUUUGGUUACUCUACACACUGGUGUUAAAAAAAAAAACAAAGAAAGUAUAAAAUGGUAUUUUAAUAACAGUUGUGUAGUUCAAAUUAAAGGCAGUCUCAUCUGUGCAGAUGAUCAAUGUCAUGAUAAUAAUGAAAGAUUUAGAGACAGACUGGUGCUGGACAAUCAGACUGGAUCUUUGACCAUCACAAACACCAGAAUCACAGACUCUGGAGUUUAUAAACUACAGAUCAACAGCAGCAGCAGUGAAAAGACCUUCAGUGUUUUUGUCCGUGGUGUUCCUGCUGCUGAACGAGAUGAAAUAAAGAAGUCAGUGAACGAGGGAGAGUCUGUCACUUUAGAUCCUGGUGUCAUAAAAAACCCAAUUGAUUCAGUGACGUGGCAUUUUAAUGACACUGACAUCACUAAUAUCACUGGAGGUCCCGGUAAUAUGUGUACAGAUGAUCAGUGUACACAUCAAUUCUCAGAAUUCCGACACAGACUGAAGCUGGAUCAUCAGACAGGAUCUCUGACCAUCACAAAUGCCAGAACCACAGAUGCUGGAUUAUAUCAUCUAGAGAUCAGCAUAAGCAGCAGACGCAUCACUAUCUGCAGUAUUAAGAAAUUCAGUGUUACUGUCAUUGAAGCCUCUGGUUUUGAGACAGAUGAGUCCGUGUCAGUGAUGGAGGGAGAUUCAGUCACGCUACGCACUGAUGUUAAUAAAAUCCAAGAUGACAUCAUUAAUUGGUAUUUUAAUUCCACUCAAGUCGUCAAAAUCGAUGGAUAUCUAAAUAGUAUUAUUACAGAUGAUCAGUAUAAUGGGAGAUUCAGAGACAGACUGAAGCUGGAUCAUCAGACUGGAUCUCUGACCGUGACAAACAUCACAAUCACAGACUCUGGACGCUAUUUGCUACAGAUCGUCAAUAGGCAGAAAAAAUGAAGACGACGCC